AUGGAGGUCUCCGACAAAACCCCUCGACGAAAGAGGGUCUCAAGAGCCUGCGAUCGCUGUCGCAGUAAAAAGGAUAAAUGCGACGGCAUCCGCCCUACCUGUUCCGCCUGCAAAACCUCCAACCAAUCUUGCUCCUACGAUCCCCAUGCUAAAAAGCGCGGUCUGCCCGAAGGCUACGUUCGCGGUCUGGAAAAACUAUGGGCCUUGUCAAUUUGUAACAUCGAUGGCUUCGAAGAUACCAUGCUCACCAUGCUAGGCGCAACGGCGGAAUCGGCAGACCGCCGCGAUAAUCUCAUGUCCGUUUGGUCGGAAGACGCCGCUUCGGAAUCUCUACAUGAGUCUUGGAAAACGAGUCGACUGUAUGGCGCGCUGGAGAAAAUGCUGUCCAAUUCCGAUCCGCUGCCUCCCUUGUCGGGGAAGCGUGCGCGCGUGGAUGAUUCCGUGAGGACUUCGCGGGCCCCCUUGGGUCCGGAUGCUCCGCGCGUCGUGUCGGGUUCUUCGUCUGCUAAGCGCGUUCGGGUGGAUGAGGAGAGAGGAUUUCAGGUCCCGAGUCUGCAUGCGUUGCAAUUACCGCCUCAGACGUCGCAGCUGCUGGAUAUUUACUUCUCUGCUACACAUUCGUGGUUUCCGGUUGUUGCGAAGCAUAAUGUUCUCCGCGCUUCUUACCUCUAUGCUAAUGCGCCUUUCUCUGUCGCCACUGCUUCACCGGGGUCUGGUGAUCAUGCUGCUUUGUGGGCGAUACUUAGUUACACGAUUGCUCAGUCGCGAUCGAAUUCUCGGGCUGGUCCUGGGUCGGUCGCUUUGGCGAAGGAGUAUUAUGCCGUCUCGCGAAAUCUCAUUCCUGCCGAGAAAGAGCGCUAUGAGCUAGGCCAUAUUCAGGCGUUACUGUUGCUGACCUUGGUUAAUUCGGGCCUGGAAGAUUGGACCGCCGCCUGGUUAUUGAGUGGCCAGGCAGUGCGCAUGGCUGUUGCGAUGGGGCUCGGCUCGUAUGUUGACUCGAGGCGGUCUGAUGAACUUCGUCAAGGGAAGGUGGUCUUUCUGGGCUGUUUUGUCAUUGAUUCUAUGCUUUCGUUCCGCCUUUCGCGCAGUCCCGCUAUGCCCCCGAACGAUUUAGCUGCCGUGGGUUUGUUGGAGGAAGAUGGGCUAGAAGAGUGGAAUUCGUGGGUGGAUGUGUUACCGCCGAUGGGGGCUCCGCAUGGCGCUAAGAACUCGCCGCGUCGAGGACCUCUCCUGGCUUUGAGCUGUUUCAACCGCUUGGUAGAGCUAUCAAGCGUUCUCAACAAAAUCUCCCGUCACAUGUCGUCUGGUUUCAAUAUGGCCACCUUUGCACAGCAGCUGGUCAUGGAGCUGAAGCAGUGGGACGACUGCCUGCCUCUUGGAUGUCGCCUGAUCGGACCGGAAAGCAUCUACCCAGAGCGUCAUUCUGCUUUGUUACCACACCAGAGCUACCUCGGCCUGACAUAUGUCGCCACGCUGCUGUGGUUGUAUCUCCAGCUACUACCCGGAGAGCAGGGGCUGCACCGUUCCCAACGACCCGCAACAGAAGGCGCCAAAAAGCUACUCUAUCGAGGUUUGUCAAUGGUCACACAACACCUGGAGAACUUCCCGAUGUGCGGUCUCCCCCCGAUUUUCGAAUUGAGUCUUCGUACAAUCGCCGAGCAGGCGCACUUUCUGCGCAACACCCCCGAUUCAGAAACCUUCCCCUUCGCCCGCUGGGCAGAGGAGUUCCGCCACAAAAUAACAGGCUUCGCAUCUACAUGGCCUGCCUAUAGUUCAUUAGUCUCUGUCAUGGAACGAUGGCAGUCCAAAGACCUCGGCCCUUUCCCUAACACCCAUCCAUUCUCAAUGCAACCCCCAUCCCGCCUACCAGACGACUACUCCUCCUCCAUCCUCGGCAUCACAAUGCCGGUCGACAACCAAUCUCACACACCAAAAGAUACAGUCAUGGAAAACGCAGAUUUAAUGAUGGACAUCUCACUACCGGACAAAAUCCCCCGCAGUGGCCCAGAUCAGAAUCCUUACCAACGUCCCCAUCCCCUCCCACAACCACAACCCCAAACGCCCGAGUCAUCCUCCUCCAUGCACGGUGUCUCAACUCACGGAGUUUCCCCAAUAGGCGACAUAGACGCCAUCUUCAAAGACCUCGCAUACCUAGAUACGACAGAGUGGUCGACAAACCGCGAAGCAGGCCUGAAAGACUUUGGCUUCCUCGAUGACUCCACUUUCCAGGCUUUCUGUCAUGACCCUGAUCGAUUGGGCGGGUCGCAGCCUCUCCACCCACCUUCCAUUGCGGAUAUUUGGCCACCGCCGGGUUUCUUCCCUGAGACUUUUGGGGAGGAGGCAAGAUAG